AAAUAAACAAAGAAGAAGCUGAGCACGUGAGCAAGGAAACAUGGCGUCGUCUCGUAAUGUCACUCGUGUUUAUCUCCUGGUGGGGCGGACACUAACUCCAACACAACACAUACAAACUACCAACUUGCCAGCGAGGAGAUUUUCCGCCACGUCGACAAGAAAUGGUCUGCAGUUCCGUCUGGACGAGAGGACGGCUCACAGCAGUUUGGACAUCUUCAAGAAAGACACUGGCGUCAUCUACCGCAUGCUGGGCCUGGACCCCAGCCACGUGCAAACCAACCCUGAACGUUUCCGAGACUGGGCAGUCGUGUUCGGCGACGAGAAAAUCAGCAGCGGGCGCCACUACUGGGAGGUGACGGUCAAAAAAUCUCAGGAGUUUCGCGUAGGCGUGGCCGAAGAGCUGAUGUCCCGUGACGACUGCGUGGGCACGAGCAGCUCCUCGUGGGUGUUCGGCUACGCCCAGCGCAAGUGGUUCGCAAUGACCAACAAUAAGAUUGUUCCAGUGUCCCUGGUAGGCAAGCCCGACCGUGUGGGCAUCCUGCUGGACGUUGAGGCGGGUCUUCUGGGGCUGGUGGACCAUCAGGGACCCAGGAUCAUUCACACAAUGAGUAGUCAGUUUAAGACUCCGCUCUGCCCUGCUUUUGGACUUUGGGAUGGGGAGCUGAUCACACACUCAGGCAUGGAUGAGCCUCACGGCCUUAAGCGAUAGCUUCAGUGCAACUGCCCUAAACAGCAAUAAUAUACAAAUUCACCAUUUAUGGCUUUAAAACCACUCCGAUCUUCUGCAUGCUCAUUAAUAUAUAUGAUUAGGGGUGUAACGGUAGGUGUAUUUGUAUUGAACCGUUUCGGUACGGAGGUUUCAGUCUGGUUCGGAGGCGUAUCAAACGAGUUUGUAAGCUAAAGUCUCAACAAGCUGCUCUGCUUUCUGCCUCUGUCUGAGCACCCAGCGUUGUCCCGUCCACACAACCAUCUGAUUGGUUACAUACAAAGCCAAUCAGCAGUGCGUAUUCAGAACGCAUGUUGUCAAUGCUUCAGCGUCAAGCAGAUGUGUUUAGCAGCGGACAUCUUACUCUCCCCAAAUUAUAAAAAACACUUCCCAGUCACAACUAUUACUAACAUCUCCAUGAGCCCCUUGACCUUCUAGAAACUUAAACUGCAGCUCAGCUCGCUCGCAGUUCUCGCUUGAGGUGAAGGCUAAUUAGCUUUUAGCGUAAUGUUAGCUCAUUUUGCUAUGUGCGUGCGUGCGUGUGUGUGUGUGUGUGUGUGUGUUAGGGGCAGCAAAGCCCUGUCUGUUAUUUCACAUGAACUAACAUGAAGUCCAUGGUGUUUAGGGAUGAAUAGUCUCUCCUAUGGCUAUUGUACUAUUUUUUCAGCUAUAAUAACAUAAAUCAUUAGUAAUGUAGCAGCCUACUUUUGAAUGGCAGAGUCCCUGCUAUCCCAUGUUGACAAAAAUAUAACAUUUACAUAAUAAAUGUCAAAUACAGGCUUCCCAAAUGCUGUAAUAAAUUAAGCAUGAUUUGACUUGAAACUGUUUAAUGUUGCACUUUUUAUAUGUAGAAAGGUUUUGUCAUUUUGUUUAAUCAAAGCAACAACUUGAGGCAGUUCAAUGUGGAUUAACGUGGGCAGAAUUAUUAUAGUGUUCCCAAUGUUAAAAGGAUAAAGCCAUUGUUUACAAAUUUGGUGAAUAAAAAAAAUAAUUUUUUGUUUUCUUACUGUACCGAAAAUGAACCGAACUGUGACCUCCAAACCGAGGUACGUACCGAACCGAAAUUUUUGUGUGCCGUUACACCCCUAUAUAUGAUGCAUACUGAGACUUUGAGUGAGUAAAAUGUAUUCACGUCUAUAUAUUAUCGAGAAAACAAGAUCGCCAAGUUCAUUUUUGGUGCUACCCUUGCAAUAUUGUCAAUACUGUAUAUUGUUUAUUAAAAUGGCAUCACUAAAACUGUCUAAA